GCCUCACCACAGCUUUGCCCACCGCAUUCCUCUUGUCCUUCUCUGUCAUUUUGCUGUCUUUCUUUAAAUUUUGCGUGAGCUCUUUGCCUCACUUUCAGUUUCUCCUCAGCUGUGAGACCCUGGCCUUGUAAGGAAGCGCUGUCUGAGGCACACAAUCCGUCAUACCUCUCCACCCUGCAUGGAUACCUAAACUCAGAGGAUGCUUUGCUGUCCUCUGCUGCGUUUCCAACAGCUGUUUUGGACUCCGCUUGGGGGUCUGUGAGCAAUUCUGUCUGAGUGUAGUCUUUGCAAGGUAGAGCGGAAGGGAUGUUAUGGGGGUCCACACCAUUUAGGAGCAACGUCUCUGGGCGAGCCACCCUCCAGAAGCCCUUUGGGGGUGCCCAGCGUCUUGUUGUUGUUGGGGGAGAUGUUGGAACAGCUUGGUCCUGGAACACGAGCUCCACCUGUGCAUCCGCUGGAGGGCUGUGGAUCUCCAACCUGACUUGCACCUCAACCUCCUCUUCCCCCUCGCCGUCGCUGCUGCUCAACGGGCCUGAUUGACAGGAAGGCAGAGAUGUGUGAUCUUUUCCAAUGGGGCUCAGCCUUGAGGGAACAUCCUGCUCCUUACCGCUUGGGUUUGGAGGAGGAAGCGUUGCUCCUGGAGUGUAGAUAGUAAGCCCGGAGACAACACUGGAAUUGGGUUCUGUUUUAAUUUCCUCCUCCACCUUCGCUUCCUCCAUUGGUUGCUCAUAGACAAAAAAGCCAGCUCACGUCCUGUACAGAGGAAACCAAAAUGUGACCAUUCAGUGAUUUGACUUGUGUGAUAUGCAUGUUGUAGAGAUAUGUACUGUGGAGUCAGUCACGUUGCUUCAUCCGCUGAUUACUUUGCAGUGCGCAGGAUAAUCCUUUAGAAUGAGAAUAAGCAACUGCUGCCUGCAACUGAGCCCCUUCAAUAUGCACUGUUUAUUCCAAGAUAUAUUAAAAUGAUACAUAAAGGAGGCAGAGAAUGGAGGGAUUUCUUUAAUUAGGUGCACAAUAUUUGCUAAGAAGCCAGGGUGGGAAGAAAGUAUAGCUACGAAAACAGGAGCGUUAGUGUGUUUUAUCAAUUAGAAAGUUACCGUAAAUUUCCUCCAGAGUCGCUCUACAAUCUCAACAAAAUGAUGGGGCAACUUUCCUCCGUAGAUGGAAAACAUCCUUCAAAUGUUUCCGCGGAUCCUGACGUGUAUCCACUUUUCUCGUCCAUGUACAACCGACCGAACCAGGUCGGUCCCUCUGGCGCGGUAAUCCCCUCAGAAAUCAGUGGGAUUAGACUAUAAAAAUGGAAUACAAAAAUUUUGUCGUCCUUGCGUUGCGCACUAGUCGCUUCCGAGUGGAGCGCUCUGUUGCGUAACACGAUGCACGCACUGAUAUGUCAAUGAGGAUUCAGUCACAAAAAAGGAGUUCAAGGGUGCGGUUAAAUGGUGUAAAAAGCAAUAAUUGUGAAAUCAUAUUUGUAAAAACAGUUCUUCUCUUGCAAGCCCCCUCCUCUUUCUCUGUUUAUCUCAUAUUACCAACAAUCAGUGUAAACACAUGCAUCCAUGCACGCACUAUCGCCAUAAUUAGGCCAGUAAUCUACCACCUAGUUGCUACAAUCUCCAGACGUAUCAGCCAUGUUUUUGUUUUGUGCUUUUUUUUUAAUGGCUGCACAUACAUUCCCUUGCCACCAGAGGACGCCCUUAGCUCAUUCCUAUCCACACACACUUGCCCCAGCUAGCUGUAACCGGCUAGCUACUGGAGUUGACACCCUCCCCAAACCUCGGCAGCGGCUGAGCUGCACAGUCGACAUGGCAAGGAAAUAUCGCAUUUUCAAAAAAAAAGAUGAACAUCUUCCAAGUCUUUUGGAAUGAUAUUCAUCGUGUGAUGUGACCCCAAAUCCACAAUGUGUGAGGACAUUUAAGAACGAUUGAGUUCUAAAGAAAACAAAUCUUGAUUCCAGUGGAAUCUUUCAUAUGUUAUUAUUAUUAUAUUUUUUUCCCGUGUCAUAGUUUAUACACAUUCACACGCCCUCGUCCCAUCCACAUAAAAACAGUAAUCAUGCCAGUUCAAGCGCCACAGUGGACAGAGUUCCUGCUAUGCCCCAUCUGCACGCAAACAUUUGAGGAGACUGUUCGAUGGCCCAUCAGUUUGGGCUGUGGACACACUGUCUGCAAGAUGUGCCUGAACAAGUUGCACCGUAAGGCCUGUCCCUUUGACCAGACGGCCAUCAGCACGGAUAUCGAGCAGCUGCCUGUCAACACAGCCCUUUUGCAGCUGGUGGGAGGCCAGGUUCCUAAGGCUCAGCCAGUUACCUUGAUUACCAGUCCUGAGGACUCUCAGCAUUACGAGGAGGCAAGGCAGUGUGUGGAGGAGCUGGCCCUCUACCUGAAACCCCUUAGCAACACACGAGGGGUGGGUCUGAGCAGCACGGCUCAAAGCAUGCUGAGCCGACCCAUGCAGAGGAAACUGGUCACUCUGGUCCACUGCCAGUUAGUGGAGGAGGAGGGCCGCGUCAGGGCCAUGAGAGCCGCACGUUCUUUGGGUGAACGAACAGUCACAGAACUCAUCCUGCAGCACCAGAACCCACAGCAGUUGUCCUCCAAUCUGUGGGCUGCUGUACGUGCACGCGGAUGUCAAUUUCUUGGCCCAGCGAUGCAAGAGGAGGCUCUGAAACUGGUCCUUCUGGCGCUAGAGGAUGGCUCAGCUCUGUCCCGCAAGGUGUUGGUUCUUUUUGUAGUCCAGAGGCUUGAACCUCGCUUCCCCCAGGCCUCAAAGACAAGCAUAGGCCACGUGGUGCAGCUCCUCUAUAGGGCCUCCUGCUUCAAGGUGACCAAACGUGAUGAAGACUCAUCCCUCAUGCAACUGAAGGAGGAGUUCCGUACUUAUGAAGCUCUGCGGCGUGAGCACGACUCUCAGAUUGUUCAAAUUGCCAUGGAGGGCGGCUUGCGAAUCGCACCCGAUCAGUGGUCCUCUCUGUUAUAUGGUGAUCAGUCGCACAAGUCGCAUAUGCAGUCCAUCAUAGAUAAGCUGCAGACUCCCGCAUCCUUUGCUCAGAGUGUCCAAGAGCUAACCAUUGCCCUGCAGAGGACUGGAGACCCAGCCAACCUCAACAGGCUGCGGCCUCACCUUGAACUGCUUGCUAACAUUGAUCCCAGUCCUGAUGCUCCCCCUCCCACAUGGGAGCAGCUCGAGAAGGGGUUGGUUGCAGUGAAGACUGUAGUGCACGGCCUUGUGGACUUCAUCCAGAACCACAGCAAGAAAGGAGCUGACCCUCAGCAGCCUCCUCAGCACAGCAAGUACAAGACUUACAUGUGUCGUGACAUGAAGCUGAAGGGAGGCUGUCCUCGUGGAGCGAGCUGCACCUUUGCUCACUCUCAGGAAGAACUGGAGAAGUAUCGAAAAAUGAAUAAACGUCUGGCAGCACGACUCCCUGGCUCAGGAGGGCCAGAUGAUGGCCUUCCCCUCGAUGUAGCAGUGACCAGGAAGCCUUCACCACUCACCAAUGGGAGCGUAGCACCCUCCCUGCCCCAGCUCAUCGCACGCGGUGCAGACACGGUUCCGUAUGAACUUCUGCGGAAGCCCAUCAAGAUGGAUGGAGGGAGUCCAAGUGCCCCAGGAUCACCACCUGAUCCCCUGGACCCUGUACCCAAAACUGGUAUGCCACCUCAUGCCAUGGCUCACCCAAGGAUGACUGCAGACCACCUUUCCGGGGUGAAGCAGAUUCCCGUUGUCGCCCGAGGUUCGCCUGUGUACCCGCAGCCCCAGCUCCCUGAGAUGUUUUACUCUGGGACACGCCCCCCACCCUCUGCGUCGCAGUAUGAGACCUCACAAUACCCACCAGGGUAUCCCUACCAACAGCCACCACAGUAUGUCUCUCGGGAUUACAUCCGUAACCCCCCACCCCCCAGCGAGUCAGGACCCCCUUACCAUGACCCAUACACUGGUUACGGCCCGCCAGAGCGCCCAUAUCAACCCCCACACUCUGGUCCUCCCUUUUCCUACCCUCACCCACCACACUAUGACCGAGGGCGCCAUGGGACCUACGCUGGCCCGCCACUUCCCCCGCAGCCUUACCCAUCUCAAAGGGAAAGUCUUGUCAGGAUGAGCUCUACGCCAUUGGAUGUUGUCCCGCCAUCAGCCGGACAGGCUAACUCACUUUACCACCCAGAAUCCAGUGUACGGGAUAGAUACCCACCAGAUGGCUACUAUGCACCAGGUGGCCAACCUCAGCCCAUGAGGACUUAUGUCAGAGGGCCAUCAUACAGUGGGUCCCAGCCCAGUCUGGACUAUUUACACCGCCGUCGCCAGGAGCUGCUAUCCCAACUGGAGGAAAGGAAAGUCAUCUCCCCUCCACCGUUUGCAGCCUCCCCCACUCUCUCACAUCCCUUUCCCAGUGACUACCCUCCUGAGUUUGGUGACGAGAGCUCCAAAACCAUCAGGAAAUGCAGAGAGCCAGAUUAUGCUGGCCAGUACUCUCCUUGGUCUUGUGAUACCAUUAGCUCUUACAUUGGCACCAAGGAUGCCAAACCCAAAGAUGUUAUGGUUCCUGGUGCCAUGGAGAUGAUGAAUGUGGAUGCUAAGGUUCUGAGGGAACCAUCACUGGAGGCUCCUCACAGGGGUGCGGAGGUCAAGGAUGAUGACCCCAUUAUUCCGUUUGGUCCUCAACCCACUGUGUCACGCUUCGGUGCCAUUUCCCGCACCUCUAAGACAGGCUACCAGACAACUGGUCCUGUCCAAGCCAUGGCCACCACCCCUCAGAACGUAAACUCUAAACACAUGGCUAUGCCUGCAGAAUACACAUAUGGAAGUCAUCCAGGAUGGGGUGGAGCUUCAUAUCCCUCCCACCAGACGACCUCUUCAUCUCAGGGAUCCUUCAAUGAGCGCCCACCCAUGGCAGCCUCGGACAGAGAACAGUUGAAGAUUGAGCUGCAGCAGGUCACCCAGCAGAUCAACCAACAGACACAGAUGCACAGCAUGGAGGCUGCCAAUAACUCUUUGUUGCUACAGAGAGAAGCCAGCGCUUUGGCAGGCCAGCUGGUGCCCAGCAGCCAAGGCCAGUCAGUCGCUUCUCAGUCACAGCAACAGCAGCAGCCUAAGUGGCCUGCUGGGGGUGCAAAUCCAGUGACUGUGUCCAGUGAACAGCUAAGCCUGGAGCUCCACCAGGUGGAGAGAGAGAUUGGGAAAAGGACUAGAGAAAUGGCUAUGGAGACACAAGUAGCCCAUGAGGUCCAGCAGUACAAGAUGAAACCUGCAGAGAAUGGACAACCAGAGCACAAGACUCACCUUGAAGAAAUCUCCCUUGCUCUUGGUGAGGUGUCAAACGGCUCUAGUAUUCUGCAAGAAGGUGCAGUGGGCGGGUCCAUGCUGUCGCUGGCAAACAAGACGUCUACGCUGAGCCUGUGUUCUGACCCAGUGGCAGCUGGGUCAGAAAUGCAGAAGAAUGGAGUUGUCCAUUCCUGCUCUUAAGCAGUGCACACUUUCACACACACACACACACACACACACACACACACACACACACACACAUGUUGAAAAGCAUGCACAGGCAUACACACACACAUUCUAUUUAGAAGAUGAGCAGUAUCUGCCGUGAUAUUAAUUUUCUUUCUUUUUGUUCUGUGAAUGAGCUUUUUUAAUGACUUUCCUUGCCUGGAAACCAGGGCAUAUGAUAACAUUUCUUGUGUGUUUUUGUUGUUCCUUCUCUUUUUUUUUUCUCCCUUUUGAAAUCUAGAUUUAACAAGGCUCACAUUCAAUAUAUCAGGAAGAGGAAUAAGGGUGGUGAUGUUGACAGCGGCGCUCUUCUUUAUUCAGAAGUAUUCGAUCCAUCAUCCCCACUCCCGAUUUGUAAUAGACAGUCAUAGAGGCAAGCAAGACUAUCACUUUGCAUGCUCAGGAAUAUUGUCUGGUGAUGGCACUGGAGGAGACAGCAGCAAGCUCGUUGGUACUCACCCCCAGAAUCCUAAAACAAAGUGGUUGUACAGAUCCAGAUGGUCUGGGAAGGGAAAGUACAUCACCUGAAAAGUCAUGUUUGCAACACAGUGGCUGCCACAAGAAGCAUGAUUUAUUAUUUUUGUAAAUGAAUGCAUUUUUAGGAACCCAUGCUAUGUCUUUUUCAUACUUAACAUCACUAUUAAAUAUUUAAAUGGAAGCAUUCUGUUUUAAAGAUUGCAUCUUCUUGAUAAGGGAAUGACUGCUUCUCAUUGUGGUGACAGGAAAAAUCACAGUACUCAAAAAGAAAAAGGAAAAAAAAAAAGAAGCUGAAUGCACAUCCACAGGCUGGCUGCAUCUUCCUGCAUCAGGGUAAAAGGUGACAACACCAUGACGCUAGUUGAGCCUUUCCCUCCUCAGAGCUUCUCAUCUGGCCACUCACAAAGCCUCCCCAUUGGGAUUAUCUUGCCACUUGUUCGCCUAACUUCUAUGAAGUUGCCUUCGCUUGUCUUUUUUGUUGUUGUUGAAUUUUGUUUUCAUGCUUUACAUUGUUAUGCUUUUGGGGGCCGACUGAAGGCUGUGUGUGUCCUCCUCGCUGUCAGGCUAGUAGUCAAAUCUCCAAGGAAAUGUAAAGCAUCCACAAUAGACAUGAUUCACCGCACAAGUUAAUCAGCACUCAUACGUUCUCCAGUGCUGUCAUCACCAUCACCACUCUUCUAGUGUUACAUGUUUACUGCUGACACCCAGCAAAAUUUCAUGAGGGGAAGUCGUAGGAUGAGCCCGUUAAAUGUCGACACAAAUGUGUUUGUGUCCGUCUGGAUCUCUUCAUGCCCGUCUCACGCGGUCUCGCCCGUUUUAACCACACCUCAAUCCUCUGGCCGCUCUUCCCACCGGCUACAUUUAUUUAGGUACACGGCUCACUUAUACAUACAAGUAUGUAUACAUACAUUAAUAUACUAAAGCACUAUUAACGUGCCACCUUAUUCUACUCGCUCAGCAUUUAUAUUAAAUGAUCUCUAUUUUUAGAAUCAGCAAGAUGUUUUUUUUUUAUGUAGUUUUGUUUUUCAUGAUUGAUUUGUUUUCUGUCCACUGGUUGCCAACACAGACUUUAUCCUUUCCCAGACGAAGGACUUCUGUGUGCAUUGACGUGUGUUCACUUAAUCUUUUGUGUUCAAACAAAGAUAAGACUAUGCUUCCAAAGAAGACAUGACAAUUCUGUAACUUUGGGGGGAAAAACGAUAAAGUUUUGUGUGUGUGUGUGCUAGUUUGUAGAAAAUGUACCCUCAGUUUUCUGUUUUUUUUUUUGUUUACUUUUUUUUGCCCUCAAAUUGUGCUGUACUGGAUGGAGAUGUUAAGGUAUUAGAAAGGUUUUGGGGGUUAUCCAAAUCCCCCUUAGAGGAUAUACAGGAAGUUUACUUCAAAGAUUAGCCUCAGAUCCUCUUAAAUGUUCCUCUAUGCUGUCUGAUCACUAAAUAUUCAAUCUUAAUUGGCAUGACCGAGCGACGUCCUAUUAGACUCCGAUGUUCACCCUUUUUGAAAGAACACAAUUUUUUGGUAUUUCCAUUUUUUUGUUUCACUGAAAUGUUAUUGAACUAGCUGGAUUUGUAGCUUCUCUCUCUUUUUUUUUUUUGUUUCUGCAAUAGUUGAAUGAAUAUUCUGACCUGCAAGUCUUAAAUCAAGAGUACUUGGGCGACAUUGACGUAGGUUGAACUGUUCCUCCGGCUCUUCAAGUGCUAAACAGUCUGAAUGCAAAGUCUGCCUGACUCACUUGAGCUUCAAACACCAUCUUUGGACAACUUACAUGCAAUGUCAAAUUUUGGGGGGGGUGUCUACUGCGUAGUAAAUGGCAAAAGAUGUUGACUUUAAUCGUGUGUUGCUAUUGUUUCAGAGUGCAACUGCUGCCUACUGACCCUCAUUGAGAUAACAAGUGAAGCCCCCCCUCCACUUUCACUUUUGACCACUGAACUCUGUUACUGCUGUUUGAGGCUUGCGUUUUAUUCCCGGCUUUGUGGGCAAAUUCUAAUGGCUUUUUUAUAUGAUUACCCCUCUUGUAAAAUAUCUCUUAAAUUAAGGUACCGGUUUGAUUUCAGCAAGAAGAAAAAAAGGUUUUAUAUGUAUAUUAUACUCCAUUAAGGAAUGUCUAGAAUUAUCUUCCUCCAAUGUGGAUGUAGCCAUUAUAACGCCAUUUUGACUUUGUAAGAGAAUUCACUGUGUGAAAAUUGGUUUGCAUUUUUGUAUAAUACAAUCUGCUUUUUGUUGUUUUGUUAGUUUGUUUGAUACGAGCAGGAAGUCAAACUGGAAGUUUAAAGAUGAAAAAAAAAAAGGUGAACCUGUGAAAUUUGAGGCAACAAAAUGUAACUUAUGUACUACAGUGAUUCCAAGCUGAGGGGAAAUAUUAAAUGAGAUUGUUAA